AUGAGCUCGAGUUCUUCAAAUUCGUCGACAGCUUCGAAUGCUACUGUUGGUUCCAGUAAAAUUGCUUAAAAACUCGCUUAUUCAGCCCAAACCUGUUCACAUAGAGAAGGAGAAGUUCCAAAAGACUUACGCGGCUUUUUGCGAAGCUUGCGGACAACUUUUGACCAGAAAUGAAGCAAUGAAGGUUUUUUUUGGAAAUGGACAUAGUGGUUUUUCAAAACACAUCCAAGAAACUGAAGGAGCCUUGAAAAACAUUAUUAAAACCAAUUUUCCAUCCAGUAAAUCUACAAGGGUCGGCUCUCAUUACUGCGCCUGUAUUGCAAUAAAUCGCGCCACCAUUGCAUUAAACCACGCCCAUUAAAAUCACCAGGAUCUUUGGUAGUAAAAACAUGGAUUUCUCUCGUUUCAUUUAUUUUCAUCAAUUCUGUCUUAUUUUAAUUUUUUUAGUUUGUUUCAACAUCGAACCUUUAUUGAAUAAGUCGAUAAUUACCGUAUAAAAUAAUUAAUAACGAAUUUCACCAUUUUUUGCUUUUUUCAAGGCCUUUUGUUCAUAAUUUAGUUACACUUCAGUGUACUUUUUGACAAAUACACGUUGAAUUGGGUAUAUCUUCAAAUAUUAGAAAAAAAUAUUCAUUUUAAGAGCUCAAAAAAAUGCGCCAAUUUGAACAUUUUUUUGGAGAAUUUUUUUUUCUUGAUUUUUCAAAAAUUUUGAUUUCUUCGAUUGGUACAUUUAUGAAAUACUUAAUCGUUUCGAUUUGUUUUUAAACUCAAAUUCAAAGUUUUUCAGUAUUUUAUUGAUUUUUCUAGGGAGAAAGUAAUUAUGGCCCUGGACACUGUUUGGCAUCGCCGACACUUCAGGUGUUUCGGAUGUCAGGUAAAAUGUUUUCAAAUAGGAAUUGUGAUCAAAUUUAAAAUCUCAGAUUAGUCUGGGAAGACGUCAAUUUUUCACGGACUCGAAAACGCCUCGUUGUCUCGACUGUCAUUUGGUCCAUUUGAACAAAAAGUGCCAUGGUUUUUCCAUUCUUCCUCCUUUUCAAAAAAGACUAAUAGCGUAUUUGAUCAUAAAAGUAUACUAUAUUCUGUUCAGAUUUUGAAUAUUACGUCAUUCGGAAACACUCUGUGGAUAUCUCGCUCUCUGAUUGGUUUAUCGUGCCAGUAGGGGCGGAGCCUAAAAAAAAGACUUGGAUUUCAAAAUCUGAACAGCUCAUGUAACCUGGAAAGUUGAGAAAAAAACUAGCUUUCAAAUGAAAAUUUCUGUAGAAUUAUUCAAUAUUUAUUAAUAUUCUUAACAUUAUGCGAAAUCUAUUAUCCAACGAAAAAAAUCUGUCGUUUUUUUCGAAUAUAAGGUUUUUGAAACGGCAAUGUCGUAUAAAAAGGAUUAUUUCGAUUUAUGCAGAAAAAAAUUUUUUUUAAUAUUUUUAAACGAGCAUAGACAAUUCUAUAGAUAUCUCGAGAGGAAGAGCCGCUUUUUAUUGUUAUUUCACGUAACUUUAAUUAUAGUUUCUGACUUCGAGGUCACCACAGUACUCUAGUAACACGUAGCGCGGCGAAACGGUUUCUGGUGGAAAUUUUGAAUUUUUCUCGCUAUUUUUCAUUACUGCAAAUUUCUCUAUGAACGUUUGAAAAAAUCAAAAAUGAUCGAAUAUUGCAUUUAUAGGGUGUGAGAAGCCCCUGUUCGAAACUUGCGUUGAAGGCCUCGGCGGCCAAUGGCACCGCGACUGUUUCAAGUGCAAACUCUGCCACAAUCCCGUUGAAUGUGAUUUUUUGGACUUUUUUCCUAGGAACGCCAGAGUGAUCACUUUAGUCGCUAGGGGAAAGCCCCUAUAGUGGAAAAAUAGAGCUCCAUAAAGGGCCAAACGUUGAUAGCUUAUUCAAACGAAUUUUUUCAAUUUUUAUCUUCCAAAUGCUCCUAGGCUCACUAUCCUCAACUUCAUUGUGAAAAAUAUGUAUUUCUGUUCAAUUUAUCUUCUGCAAAUAUCUUUCUUGCAAGUCUGAUAAUUACUGUUUUUUCAGUCGGCGAGUUCAUCGAACAUGAAGGAUUCGCCUACGACGAGACCUGCUUUUACGUCGUCACAAAAGGUCUGGACGUGUCCAAAUCACUUGAAUAAAAUCAGUUAUCAACAAAAUUCUUCCUCUUGAUUUAUUUCCAGUGGUUAUUUUGCAAAAAUAUGAACUUAAAAAAGAGACUUUUCAAUUUUACGUAGGAGAAAGUAGGCAGAAGGUUGAGAAAAGCCCUAUGAUUCCAUAUAAGUUCAUUUAGGUUGAGAUUUCAAAAUUUUUUGUGUGCCGCCUUGAUCGCGCAAUUGUCAUACUAACGCAGCCGUUAAAUAAUAGUUUUCCGGAAAUUGUUCAAAUAUGAGUAAAAAAACUUGGCUGUUUUUUUAAAAUUCGACCUGUUCCUAAGUUUUUCUUUCUUGGGUAAAAUGAAAAUGGAUAAUUUUGGAGUGGAAAUCGUUCAAAAAAUCGAGCUUCUUUUGAAAAUUUGUUACGGAUAGAUAUUACCAGCAAGCCCCACUAGAAGUGCUACUUUUUGCAAUAUUCAGUGUCCCCUAUAGGGAAGUAAUUUGAUCUCUUAAGGGGCUCUAAGUUUGCCGCUCCAGCGACCACUUUAG